UGACAACGUGAACUAAAGUUAGCUCAACAGCCAAUAUAAGGUGCGUUGACCACGAUAAAGAUAAAACCUAUAGAUACAGACGAAAUCGCUCUAGAUUCCCAAGUACACCAUUGUGUUGUAUUGUUUUGUUCUUUAAGAAGUGGUUUCAGAGAUGACACAUGGGGGCGGAUCUUGCGGUGGCGGAUACAGCGGCGGUGGCGGCGGGUUCUACGGCGGUGGAUAUUGGGGAGCAAACUCAAGUCGUCGAAGAAAAAAUGACGAGGAUUGCGAAAAAUGCUGCUCUUGCAUCUUCAUACUACUAGGCUCUCUACUUUGUCUGACCAAACUAACCCGCAAACAGCGAAUCGCCGUAUUCUGGGUCCAAAUCAUCAUUAUUACUGUAGUGACGAGCACCGUGCUAUACUCCAAAUACAACGCUACCAAGAAAGUCAACGUUGCUCCUACUGACAUGCGCGCUUUGACCAAAGACACGACCACGUUACUUGGCGAUGGAAUGACGCUGAAAUCGCACAGCAACUUCAAUGCAUAUUUGUUCAAGAAAGUGCCCAGGGUCGUCUCCAAUGCCACGGCUUUACCGUAUACGUACGACACAACAUUAAGCUUACAACCCGACCGAUAUGAGUAUUACGGUUAUUAUCUGCUUCCAGGGUCGACCAUCGAGCAACGAGCGUGUACCUAUUUUACCAACAGUAUUGUAACCAUGUUCGUGAUACGAGGCAGAAGCAAUCUUGACAAAUGGAUUAAAAGUAAGAACAAGAAUGACUGCGGAAAUUGCUACAUUUACUCUCACGUUUUCGAAACAAGCUAUGGUCGCUGCUCCUGGGAUGAGCAGUUUAACACCUACACUUUACUUGUAGAAGAAGCCGACGAUUACUAUUUUCUUUUUGCAAACCUUUACCUGUUUGAUUCGAACUUCAUCCAUGCUCACUUUCGGUUGAACCGCACCAUCUAUGACGUCACAGAAGGGCUUCUGAGGUCAUCGUGCAAUCACGUGACUCACUGCCAUUACCCACUGGAGAUAAAUUCAGCGGAAGUUGUCGUCAUCGAAGCGCCUGCGUUCUACUCACACGAUGACGAUAUGGACGUCACGAACAACGCUCGCUCUUGGCUGUACGUAGUUUUCUUCCUUGUCAUUCCAUUGGUACUCGGCGUGAGCGUUUCCUCUCUCUUGUUCUUCUUCUGCAAGGACCCCAACAAGCCGGAAAGGUCAACAAAUCCUCAAACACAUAGACGUCAGGGGACUCCUGGCAGGCCCACACGUGUCACCGGUGGAGCAGCGAACGUGGCUGUUAUUCAGGUAUCAGACCGCACUCCUUUGGCGCCAAACCUACCGCCGGCGUACGAUUGCAUCCCUGAGAUCCCUCCCGUGAGUAAAGAGGCCGGGAUGCCGCCAACGUAUGAACAGGCUGUGCAAGGAGGCUUAGACAAUGUUGCUGCAUAUCAAUGA